UACAGCAGAACCGUUGCUCCCCUAACCCUGCUUAAAGAUGGCUUUCAGAACUGGACAUGUUUCCAGCUACCUUCUGAAUAUUUUGUUGGAAUACCGGUCAUAAUCGGAUGGUGUGUGGAAAUUAGAUCGGAUUUAAGGGGGUUGUGGUGUCCGUUCUCGACGACACACAUUCAGUUCCCCUUCGGCAGUCUGCACGGCGCUCGACGCCGCUGGCUGUAGUGUCGAGGUUGUAAAUAUUAUCAGCUCUCCAGCCAGACUCCAUCUAGACCAGUGCUUCUGAUAAAAAUGGCCACCAUGGAGAAGCUGAUGAAGGCGUUUGAGUCGCUCAAAUCAUUCCAGCAGCAGCAAGGCCCGCUGUCGGCCGAGGAGCUCGUCCAGAAACAAAAAAAAGACCUUGCUACAACCAAAAAGGACAGAGUGACUCAUUGCCUGACGAUAUGUGAAAACAUUGUGGCACAGUCGCUGAGGACAUCUCCAGAGUUCCAGAAACUUCUCGGAAUCGCUAUGGAAAUGUUCUUGUUGUGCAGUGACGACAAGGAGUCUGACGUCAGGAUGGUGGCAGAUGAGUGCCUCAACAAAAUCAUCAAAGCAUUGAUGGAUUCCAACUUGCCUAGGCUGCAGCUUGAACUGUACAAAGAGAUUAAAAAGAACGCUGCCUCUCGGAGUCUGCGGGCAGCCUUGUGGAGGUUUGCUGAGCUUGCUCACCUAGUGCGUCCACAGAAAUGCAGGCCGUACCUUGUGAAUCUGCUGCCGUGUCUGACGCGGAUCACAAAACGUCAGGAGGAGACUGUGCAGGAAACUCUUUCUUCUUCAAUUCCUAAAAUCAUGGCUGCCCUGGGUCACUUCGCCAAUGAUGGAGAGAUCAAGAUGCUGUUGAGGGCCUUUGUUGCCAAUCUGAAGUCCAGUUCUCCUACUAUUCGCCGAACAGCGGCCAGCUCGGCUGUCAGCGUGUGUCAGCACUCACGCAGAACACACUACUUCUACACCUGGCUCCUCAACGUGCUGCUCAGUUUGGUAGUGCCAGUGGAUGAGGAACAUUCCAGUCACCUGAUUCUGGGUGUAUUACUGACGUUGCGCUACCUGAUGCCUCUUCUUCAGCAGCAGGCUCCUAACACCAGCCUGAAGGGCAGCUUUGGUCUUGUUCGUAAAGAGGCAGACAUCACCCCUACACCGGAGCAGCUCAUUCAGGUCUAUGAACUGACCCUGCACUACACGCAGCACUGGGAUCAUAAUGUGGUGACAGCAUCUUUGGAGCUUCUGCAGCAGGUGUUUCGCACUCCUCCCCCUGAGCUCUUGAACGCACUCAUCACACGUGGCAAAAUAUCACACACCAGUGUCUUUAGAGAAGAGACAGAGUUCCGUGCACGAAGUGGCAGCAUCCUCGAGCUUAUUGCUGGUGGGUCAACAUGCAGUCCUCUCCUCCUCAGGAAGCAGAAAGGUAAGCUGUUGUCAGGUGAAGAGGAGGGUUUGGAAGAUGACCCUGAGAGGGCAGAGGUCACCACAGGAUCAUUCUCUGCCUCGGUUGGUGGCGACAGCUCCAGUGAAGCUCCCUCCUCAUCAGGUGUUUCGUCUCUUGGCACAUCUGACAUCAUCACAGAGCAGCCACGCUCCUCCCAGCAUGCUUUGCAGCCGGGAGACUCAGUGGACCUGAGUGCAUCAGAGCAGGGUGGAGGGCCUGAUACUCCAGAUGAGGAAGACGAGGAGGACAUGCUAAGUCGCAGCUCAAGCGGGGGCGCUGGGGUCGUCAGCACGUCUGGUGACUUAUUAACCGAUGGGAACCAGAUGUCGACGGGAGCAGUGUCAUCACCCCCUAGUGAUAGUUCCCAGACGACUACGGAGGGGCCGGACUCCGCCGUGACGCCUUCAGACUGCGCCGAGCUCGUAAGUGUCACCAGCACCAGCAGACGCUAUCGGAACUAUUCACCACCUUCCCCAACUCCCACAGAAGGGCCGGACGCGCACUCUGACAGCGAGUUAUCUAUCUACAGGCCAUCCUCUUCCUCCUCCUCUACCUCGACUUCUUCCUCCACCUUUUCUGCCAUCUCUUCCUCUAGCAGUAGUGACCAGGUGCUGGACGGCAGUGAUAGUCAGUACUCAGGGAUGCAGAUCGGCACACUGCAGGAUGAGGAAGAGGAGGGCGCAGCUCCACCGCCUGAUAAACCUCCAGAGCCUUUCUCUCAGUCAGCACUGGCUUUAAGUAAGCCGCAUCUUCUGGAGGGAAAAGGUCACAACAGGCAAUCAUCUGAUAGCAGUGUGGAUCGAUUCAUACCAAAGGAAGAGGUUCUGGAACCUGCAGAACACGACAACAAGCCAUCUAGGAUUAAAGGAGAUAUUGGUCACUAUACUGACUCAAAGAAAGAGCCUCUGGUACACUGUGUCCGGCUGUUGGCUGCCUCCUUCCUGCUCACCUUCCAAAGAAAUGGUCUGGUUCCUGAUAAUGAGGUCCGUGUGAGCGUUAAGGCAUUAGCCGUUAGCUGUGUGGGGGCAGCAGCAACUCUUCUACCCGAAGCCUUCUUCAACAAACUCUACUUGCAGCCAAUAGAAGGGCAAGAACCAGAUGAGCAACAGUACAUCAGUGAUAUUCUGCAGUACAUUGAACAUGGGGAUCCUCAGAUCAGAGGAGCCACAGCCAUCCUGUGUGGGGCUUUAAUCCAAGCCAUCCAGCUCAAUACACGCUACAACACGGAGACAUGGCUGUCCCAGAUCCACUCCAUCACAGGAAACUCUAUGACACUCGAAAACUUUGUGCCUCUGCUGCAGCGAAGUCUGAAAGAUGAAUCUUCAGUCACAUGUAAAAUGGCCUGUGCUGCUAUUAGGCACUGUAUUAUGGCGUUGUGCAGUGGCAGUCUAAGUGAACUUGGCCUGCAGCUGCUCAUUGAUCUGCUGACCCUGAAGGACUGCUCCUAUUGGCUGGUUCGCACUGAGCUUUUGGAGACGCUUGCUGAGAUUGAUUUCCGGUUAGUGAGUUUCUUGGAGAGAAAAACUGAGAAGUUGCACAAAGGAGAGCAUCACUAUACCGGGUUGUUGAGGCUCCAGGACAGGGUUCUAAAUGAUGUUGUGCUUUAUCUACUGAGCGAUGAGGACCCGCGUGUGAGACAUGUGGCAGCAAACACCAUCAGCAGGUUGGUGCCCAGGUUGUUCUUUGACUGUGACCAGGCUCAGACAGACCCGGUUGUGGCCAUAGCUCGAGAUCAGAGCAGUGUGUACCUGCAGCUGCUAAUGCACGAGACCCAGCCUCCAUCACAGUUCACUGUCAGCACUAUUACACGAACAUACCGUGGCUACAAUCUGGGUGAGAGCGCACCGGAUGUUACAGUGGAGAACAACCUAUCUCGGGUCAUCGCUGCCAUCUCCCACGCCCUCACCUCUUCCACUUCCAGAGCCACCACCUUUGGCUGUUGUGAGGCUCUGUGCCUUUUGUCCAGCACCUUCCCAGUGUGCACUUGGAGCACAGGCUGGCAUUGUGGCUUUGUGUGCUCUUCUGUCUUUCAUCUCAACCGCUCCAGCCAGUACCGCAGCCGAGGACGUUCCUUAAGUCUCUCUCAGCCUGGUGGUAGUGAGGACAUGCGCCGGUCUCUGACGGUCGGUGUGACAAGUAUGGUUUUGUCUCUCAUCUCCUCUGCCUGGUUCCCUCUUGAUCUGUCUGCCCAUCAGGCUGCUCUGCUACUGGCUGGAAACCUUCUCGCGGCUGUUGCACCUAAGUGCAUGAAGAGCCCGUGGGCAGGUGAGGAAGAGUCUAACCCCGCCCCCUCAAAGGUAGAGGAGGCGUGGUCUGCUCUUAACGACCACUCUCUGGUUGUUAUGGUGGAGCAGCUGUUCUCACACCUGCUGAAGAUCCUUAACAUCUGUGCCCAUGUGCUGGAUGACACACCCCCAGGCCCUGCGGUCAAGGCUACUUUACCCUCAUUGGGCAACACUCCAUCUCUCAGUCCAAUCAGACGGAAGGGUAAAGAGAAGGAGAUGAUGGAGCCGAGCACCACCCCCAUGAGCCCAAAGAAAGGAGGAGAAGCCAACACAGGCAGAUCGGCGGACAGCACAGCGACACCAGCAGCUAACAAAUCCACCACUCUGGGCAGCUUUUAUCACCUCCCUCCUUAUCUGAAGCUUUAUGAUGCACUGAGAGCUACACAUGCUAACUACAAAGUCACAUUAGACCUUCACAACACUAAUGAGAAGUUUGGGAGUUUCCUGAGGUCGGCGCUUGAUGUCCUUUCACAGCUGCUUGAGAUGGCCACCCUGCAUGAUAUUGGCAAAUGUGUCGAAGAGAUCCUGGGUUACCUCAAGUCCUGUUUCUCACGGGAACCCACUAUGGCCACUGUGUGUGUUCAGCAGCUGUUAAAGGCGUUGUUUGGGACCAAUCUUGCAUCUCAGUAUGAGGGGGCAUCAUCUCACCCAUGUCGGUCCCAGGGCAAGGCCCUCCGGCUCGGCUCGACCAGUGUCAGACCCGGCCUUUACCAUUACUGUUUCAUGGCCCCAUACACUCACUUUACCCAGGCCCUCGCAGAUGCCAGCCUCAGAAACAUGGUGCAAGCUGAACAAGAACAGGACGCCUCUGGGUGGUUUGAUGUCAUGCAAAAAGUCUCCAAUCAACUGAGGUCAAGUAUCACCAAUGUUACUCGCCACCGAGGAGACAAGAAUGCCAUUCAUAAUCAUAUCCGUUUGUUUGAGCCACUGGUGAUAAAGGCUCUGAAGCAGUACACCACCAGCACCUCAGUGGCCCUACAAAGACAGGUGCUGGACCUACUCACCCAACUUGUGCAGCUCCGGGUCAACUACUGUUUGCUUGAUUCAGACCAGGUAUUCAUUGGUUUUGUGCUGAAGCAGUUUGAGUAUAUUGAAGUGGGGCAGUUCAGACACUCUGAAGAGAUUGUGCCCAACAUUUUCUUUUUCCUGGUUCUGCUGUCCUAUGAGCGCUACCACUCCAAACAGAUCAUCAGCAUCCCAAAGAUCAUACAGCUGUGUGACGGCAUUAUGGCCAGCGACAGGAAGGCAGUAACACAUGCAAUCCCUGCACUGCAGCCUAUAGUACACGACCUCUUUGUGCUGCGGGGCUCCAAUAAAGCAGAUGCAGGGAAGGAGCUGGACACUCAAAAGGAGGUGGUGGUGUCUAUGCUGCUACGCCUCAUACAACACCAUCAGGUGCUGGAGAUGUUUAUUCUAGUCCUACAGCAGUGCCAUAAAGAGAAUGAAGAUAAGUGGAAGAGGCUUUCACGACAGAUUGCUGACAUCAUCCUUCCAAUGAUCGGCAAACAGCAAAUGCACCUGAACUCCCAUGAGGCUUUGGGUGUGUUAAACACACUGUUCGAGACAGUGGCUCCCUCCUCUCUGCGGCCUGUGGACAUGCUACUGAAGAGCAUGUUCAUCACACCUUCUACACUAGCAUCAGUGGGUACGGUGCAGUUGUGGGUGUCUGGGAUUCUCGCCAUCCUGCGCGUCCUCAUCUCACAGUCCACAGAGGACAUCAUUCUGUCUCGUAUUCAGGAGCUUUCUUUGUCGCCAUACCUCCUUUCCUGUCCCACCAUCCGUCGAUUGUGUGACGAUUACCCCUCCCCUCCUGAAGCCCCGCCCACCACCAUGGAAGACGCCAAUGGAGAGCCACAGUGCGUCCCUCCUGAGGAAACGUUUGCUAGGUUCUUAUUGCAGUUAGUGGGGGUGUUGCUGGAUGAUAUCGCCACUAAACAGGUGAAAGUUGAUAUGAGUGAACAACAGCACACGUUCUACUGUCAGCAGCUGGGCACACUGCUCAUGUGUUUGAUCCACAUCUUCAAAUCAGGAAUGUUCCGGCGAAUCACGGCAGCGGGCAGCAGGCUGUUGAAGGCAGAGGAAGAGGAAGGGGGUAAUUUUUAUGCUUUGGAGGGUUUGAACAGCCUGGUGCUCCAGCUCAUCACUACACACCCAUCUCUGGUCCUGCUCUGGUGUCAGGUCCUUCUCAUCAUCAACUACACCAACUACACCUGGUGGUCAGAGGUGCAUCAGACACCCAGGAGGCACAGUCUGUCCAGCACUAAGCUGCUGAGUCCGCACUCAUCUGGAGAGGAGGAGAGACCUGAGGGGAAGUUGGCUAUGUGUAACAGAGAGAUUGUCCGACGUGGAGCACUUAUCCUCUUCUGUGACUAUGUGUGUCAAAACCUGCAUGACUCUGAGCAUCUGACAUGGCUGACAGUGAAUCAUGUGAGUGAUCUGAUCAGUCUUUCCCAUGAGCCUCCAGUGCAGGAUCUCAUCAGUGCUGUGCACCGAAAUUCGGCAGCCAGCGGACUCUUCAUACAGGCUAUACAAUCACGCUGCGACAAUCUUUCUACUCCGGUAAUGCUGAAGAAGACCUUGCAGUGUCUUGAGGGCAUUCAUCUAAGUCAGUCUGGGGCUCUGCUAAUGCUAUACGUGGACAAGCUACUCAACACGCCGUUCCGUGUGCUGGCUCGCAUGGUGGACACACUCGCCUGCAGACGUGUGGAGAUGCUGCUUGCCGAGACCUUGCAGAAUAGUAUCGCUCAGCUGCCACUGGAGGAGCUGGACAGGAUUCAGCAGUACCUGCAGACCAGUGGCCUUGCGCAAAGGCAUCAGCGGUUCUACUCUCUACUGGACAGGUUCAGAGCCACUGUUGCUGAAGAUACCACGAGCCCUGCCGCCCCCAUCACCUCGCACCCACUGGAUGGGGACCUGCCCCCUCCCCCUGAAAAUGUGGAACCCAAUAAAGAGUGGUAUGUUGCUCUGGUGAAAUCUCAGUGUUGUUUGAGACUUGAAGGAGCUCUAUAUGAAACUACAGAGCUGCUGACAAAACUUCCUCAAUCUGACCUGAACGCAAUCAUGACCUGCAAGGACUUUAACUUGUGUCUGCUGGCUUCAUGUCUGAGUGUUGGGGUACAGAGGGUGUGUAAGGAUCAUGGGACGGUCAUAUUUGACACCGCUCAACAGGUGGCCUUCGAGCGAUUGGCUGGUGUCAUUGAGCUCCUCCCUUCCCCUCAUCAGCCCCUCCUAUCCUCCUCCAAAAUGUGUGCGGACUAUUGGGAGAAGCUUAAUCAAGUCUACAGUGAGCCUGGGUUUUAUCAGACAGUGUUGAGUCUGUGUGGCGUGUUGAGUCAGUACCUGCUGUCUCUGUCCAAACUGCCGUCCUCACUGCACAUUCCCAAAGACAAAGAGACACUCAUUACCACCUUCAGCACCCUCGCCAUAGAGGUGGUGGUUUGGCGUUUGCUGCAGGAUCAGCUGCCUCUGAGUGUGGACAUGCAGAUGAGUCUGUCGUGUCUGUGUCUGGCUCUCCAGCAGCCGGCGGUGUGGACACACUUCGCCUCACACACUUACCUCACACACACCUGCUCCAUUGUCCACUGUAUACAGCUCCUCAUCCACGCAGUCGCUGUUGGUCCUGGUGACCAGCUUCUGAGGCCGGAGCGGAAAACAGAGCAGUCAGAAGACCAGUUGGACUCUGCAGAUAAACAACUUGAAUGGCGGUGUUGUGAGAUCAUGGCUGAGCUGGUUGAAGGGCUGCAAAGUGUGCUGGCUCUGGGUCACCACAGAAACAAGAACAUUCCAGCGUUCCUUACACCUACCCUACGGAAUGUCAUCAUCAGCCUGGCCAGGCUGCCCAUUGUGAACAGCUACACCCGAAUCCCACCACUGGUCUGGAAGCUGGGCUGGUCACCCAGGCCAAGUGGAGAAUUUGGCACAGCAUUGCCAGAGAUCCCUGUAGAGUUCCUGCAGGAGGAAGAUGUCUUCAGAGAGUUCCUCUACCGCAUUAACACUCUGGGCUGGAGCAGUCGGACACAGUUUGAGGAGACGUGGGCCACUCUGUUGGGAGUGCUGGUCACUCAGCCAAUCACGAUGGACCAAGAAGAAGAAACCCAGCAAGAGGAGGAUAUGGAGAGGACUCAGAUCAAUAUACUGGCGGUUCAGGCCAUCACCUCUCUGGUGCUGAGUGCCAUGACUUUGCCAACAGCAGGAAACCCAGCCGUCAGCUGCCUUGAACAGCAACCCCGAAACAAAAUCCUCAAAGCUCUGGACACCAGGUUUGGUCGCAAGCUGAGUGUGAUUAGAGGUAUGGUUGAGCGUGAGAUUCAGGCCAUGGUGUCAAAGAGAGACAACAUCGCCACACAUUUCCCCUAUCAUGCCUGGGACCCCGUGCCAUCCUUAUCAUCCUCAACGGCAGGCACCCUCAUCAGCCAUGAGAAACUCCUGCUGCAGAUUAACACAGAGAGGGAGAUGGGCAACAUGGACUACAAAAUGGGUCAAGUGUCAAUUCACUCAGUGUGGUUGGGAAAUAACAUCACCCCUCUGAGGGAGGAGGAGUGGGGUGAGGAUGAGGAAGAUGAAGCAGAUGCUCCAGCACCUGCCUCACCGCCAUUAUCGCCAAUCAACUCCAGGAAGCACCGUGCUGGGGUUGACAUCCAUUCCUGCUCUCAGUUCCUUCUGGAGCUCUACAGUCAGUGGAUCCUCCCUGGCAGCCCCAGUAGCAAGAAGACUCCUGUUGUGCUCCUCAGUGAGGUGGUCAGAUCACUGCUGGCAGUGUCUGAUCUCUUCACUGAGAGGAAUCAGUUUGAUAUGAUGUUCUCCACUUUGACUGAGCUGCAGAAGGUUCAUCCACCAGAGGAUGAGAUUCUCAACCAGUACCUCGUGCCAGCUAUCUGCAAAGCAGCGGCAGUGCUUGGCAUGGAUAAAGCCAUCGCAGAGCCUGUGUGCCGUCUGUUGGAGAGCACCUUGCGUAGCACUCAUCUGCCCAGUCGAAUUGGCGCUCUUCACGGAGUUCUGUACGUGCUGGAGUGCGACCUACUGGACGAUACGGCACGCCAGCUUAUACCUACCGUCAAUGAAUACCUGCUGUCUAACCUUAGAGCUAUAGCACAAUGUGUGAAUCUACACAACCAACAGCAUGUGUUGGUGAUGUGCGCGGUGGCAUUCUACAUGAUGGAGAACUACCCCCUGGAUGUAGGGUCCGAGUUCAAUGCCGGGAUCAUUCAGCUGUGCUGUAUGAUGCUGUCUGCUAGUGAGGAGGCCACACCAUCCAUCAUCUACCACUGCAUUCUGCGAGGUCUGGAGCGGUUGCUUCUGUCUGAGCAGUUGUCGCGUGUGGACGCAGAGACGCUAGUCAAGCUGAGCGUUGAGCGUGUGAACAUGCCCAGCCCACACCGUGCCAUGGCUGCCCUGGGUCUCAUGCUCACCUGCAUGUACACAGGUGUGGCUGGAGAGGAAGGGAAGGAGAAGGGAAGUCCCGGGCGCCCUGUUGAUGCAGACCCCACAGCUCCUGACAGCGAAUCGGUCAUUGUCGCAAUGGAGCGUGUAUCCGUCCUGUUUGACAGGAUUCGCAAAGGCUUUCCGAGUGAGGCGCGUGUGGUAUCCCGGAUCCUUCCUCAGUUCCUGGAUGACUUUUUCCCACUGCAGGACAUCAUGAACAAAGUCAUUGGGGAGUUCCUGUCCAAUCAGCAGCCUUACCCGCAAUUCAUGGCUACAGUGGUAUACAAGGUAUUUCAAACACUUCAUGCAACUGGGCAGUCCUCCAUGGUGCGUGACUGGGUGCUACUCUCGCUGUCAAACUUCACACAGAGGACGCCUGUCGCCAUGGCAAUGUGGAGCUUGUCUUGUUUCUUUGUCAGUGCCUCGACCAGUCAGUGGAUCUCUGCCCUCCUGCCUCAUGUCAUCAGUCGCAUGGGUAAGUCCGACACAGUGGACAUUAGUCUCUUUUGUAUGGUAGCUAUGGAUUUCUACCGACACCAGAUCGAUGAAGAGUUAGACCGCAGGGCCUUCCAGACGGUCUUUGAGAUGGUGGCUUCACCUGGUAGUCCGUAUUACCAAUUACUGUGCUGUUUGCAGAGCAUUCACCAAGACACGUCACUAUAAUACAGAAAACAAUAUUGUAUCAUUAGGAUCUCCAUUACAAAUUAGGCAUCAAAAAGUUGGUAACCGUACUCGAGCGGAAGACAUCACAAUUAUCAGAACGUUACAUACCAGGAUGCAUGGCAACAAGAAACAAUUAUCUCUGAUUGGAUGUAUGGACGGUUGCUAUGAAACUGUCCGUGAUACACCAGAGGACAUUACCCCAAGUAGUUCAUAGUUAUUAGAGACAGUGGGACCAAUCCAAGCAAGGACGAGGCCACACGAACCACAGCACAUCAGAAUCUGUAAUCAAAAAAAGUAGUGCUACCAUAAGAAUAUUUGACUGCUUUCACUGUAUGUCACUUAACGUCUCAAAGUCUAUAUGGAUGCAGGCUUCUCCAUAUUUUGUAUGUAUAAAUGCUCUUCAUCUAGUAUCAAAGAAUGCUACUGUGGCAAAACUGUGUGGCUGGUCGCAAAGGUUAUCAGUUAUGGGGUCAAAACUGCAUGACGAUGCAUUUCCAUCAUUAGUAACGUAAUAUUCUAAUAUAGAGAAUUUUCAGCUAUGAACAAACUGACUAAAGAACAUAUUGUAGUGAAUGUUCUUACAGACAUGAUGCAAACACUAUUAAAAUAUCUCCUGCACUUCUGGAAUUUAGCAGAUCCGAGAUCAGAUCUUUAAGUCCACAGACUUAGCUACUCCAGUUUACUUAUUGUCCAACCUUGCUAAAAUCAGUACAUCCGGAUAUUUUAUACGAUACCUGUCUCUACCCUCCUCUCCAACAGUCCAUACUCUCUUGCUCCCUUAAAAAGGAAAGAUGCUCGCUUUCAUACACUCGCUACUCCUUCAGUUUAAAAGCAUUCCUUUUGCAUGGGGCGACGCAUUGCUUUGCUCUGUGUUUGCUAGCACUUGAAGCGAAAAUAGAUUGUAAAUUGAAUUUGUAUAUCCCCUCUAAUGUGGGAGAGGUUGCAUACGACUAUUGGUAUGAUAAGAUUUUUGUGUAUUUAAAUGUAAAAUGUGUUUGACUUGCUGAGUAAGAGGGGUGAAUUGCCUGGAACAAAGUUUAUUUUUCCUCUUGAAAAUUGGUUGUCUAUAUUUGUUGUUUUUAAGUAGGUUUUUUUAAAGACGGAGAGAAACCAGAUCACAAAUGUGAAUCUCUAAAGUCCCUUUAUAUGGACGCGGUUUGAAAUAGCCAGCAUGGAUACAUUUUUAGACGAUGGUUUAUGCAUAUGAAAAUUGCAGCUCAAAUCUACAUACUGUGUCCCUUUAGUUAUUUGUUAAAUUUCUUUUAAAAGCUCAGGACAUAAGAUAUGAUUAUUGAUCUAGUGUAAUGACUGGAAGUAUGUAUUUUAAUC